AUGCCAGGGCUUGCUCUAAUCGUAAUUCUGGCAAAAGUUAUUGAUGCUCAGCUUUAUCCUACUCUGAUACAAUCUCGACCUCUCUAUCUACCAGCAAAUGUGCCACCGAAUCUGCAGGUAGGGGUAAGAGAAUUUGCUUGAAA